UAGAGGCUGAAAUGUUUACUAGUUGGAUUUAGUUCGGUUUCUCUAAAAACAAUUAGCCAGAGCUAUUGGGGAAUAGAAUCUUUUACCAGGAUGCUAAGGCACUGCUUGGCGAAUGUUGACUUUGGCCGGUUGCACGCGCAGCAGCAGCUGCAACCCAAAUGCGGCGUAAUCUUCUAUGAGCAAGAAGCCAACAGUUUCCAGCUCAUGUGCCUGCUCUGCGAAAUGAAACACUUUGCUUUCGAGGACUUCGCCCGGCACAUUCGGAACGUUCACUUUGAUUCCCAAGGUAGACCGCUCACAGAAAUGGUCACUGCUGCUCGGCAGGAAAACCUAAUCAUUACCAAGACUGAGAUGCAGGAGUAUUUGUCCGGUGGCGAGGAAGGACCUGAGCUUGAAGAGGGUAAUCCUAUGCGUAUAAUGGCCGUAGAUGAAAAAAAGUCGGAGGAGGAUGAAGAAACUACCCAUGUGCUUUGGGAUCAAAUGGAAAGCCUCUCGCCGCACUCUGAAAGUUUAUCUAGCAAUUUUGAGGACGAAAAUAUCUUCAGCUAUUCUUUAGAGCAACUACACGAAGAGGAGCAGGACUUACCGCAGUCGGUUUUUAAGAAAACGAAGAAACGUCAACCAAAGGAUUACAAUUGCCCGCACUGCGAUCGUAAGUACACAACCCAGAAGUACCUGAACACACAUCUCCGGAUGAGUCAUCCGCACCCACAGGCCUUCAAAUGCGAUGUUUGUGAAGCCACCUUUGAUGUGGACCGAGCCCUGGAGCAACACCAACGUAAGGAGCACACCGAAUUCGAAUGUCAAAUAUGCGCCAAAGUGUUCAAGAGCACUCGCUCCCUUCUCCGUCACAUGCAGGGUCAUUCGGGCGUCCGGCAGUUUAAAUGCGAUUAUGAAAACUGUGGCAAGGCCUUCGUAAAUCAACACAAUCUCAACUCCCAUCGACGCGUCCACAGCAAUGAGCGAAACUUCGUGUGCGAACUAUGCGGUUAUAGAUCUCGAUACCGAGAGGCACUGAUAGUACACCGCCGGACGCAUACAGGCGAAAAGCCUUUUGCGUGUCAGACCUGCUCCCGUUGCUUCGCCUCCAAGUCACUGUUGAACGAGCACCAGGCCAUGCACUCGACAGAGAAACCCUUUAAGUGCGACAAAUGCGAAGCGGCAUUCUCACGCCCCAAGGCUCUUUACCAUCACAAGCAUCUGCAUCUGGGAAUUAAGAAGUUCAAGUGCAAAGUUUGUGGAAACGCAUAUGCCCAGGCUGCCGGUCUCUCCGCUCACAUGCGAGCCCACAAGCUGCAAGCCCAAAAUACGGUCGAGUUGGGCGGUGAGGCGGGUUCCGUGGAGAUGCUCUUCUCUCUCUGAAAUUUAUCAUUUCCCACUCCUUAUUUAACAAAGUAUUAUAUGUUACAUUUGUGCAAAGAAUCUUAAGUAAGCUUAGUAAUAAUAUUAUGUUACUCUGAAAAACAUCUAGGAACAAGAGAUUUACUGUGUAAACUAGUUUUUAAGGAUAGACAAGACAUACAUAUAACAUUGAGGUUAUAAGGAAAAGGAAUUACCCAAGUUUCGAUUGCGAAUUAAAUAUAUAUUUCCUACCAAGUUGUAGGAAAAAUACCUCA